AUGUGCCGCGGCAUCGGCUACAACCACACGGGGCUGUCGGCGCUCGCGCAGAAGGAGGCCGAGUUCAUGCUGCAGUCGUUCAACCCGCUGGUGCAGUACGGCUGCUCGGCGCAGCUGCAGCUGCUGCUGUGCGCCGUGUUCGCGCCCAUGUGCACCGACAAGGUGGCGGCGCCCAUCGGGCCGUGCCGCGGCCUCUGCCACGCGGUGCGCCGCCGCUGCCUGCCCGUGCUGCAGGGCUUCGGCUUCCCCUGGCCCGCGUCGCUCAACUGCUCGCUCUUCCCGGCCGACAACAACCACGAGACCAUGUGCAUGGAGGGCCCCGGCGAGGACGAGCCGCCGCCGCCCGCCGCCGACGCUGCUACACCCUCGCGGAUCGUGUCGGAUAUUGAGUACUCAAAUCUUAUCAGCCUGGGGUAA